AUGCCUGGUGCAGCUCCUUCCCAGCCCUGCUGCCAACCUGCUGCCCGCGGCCCCGGAGGAGCCGCAGCCCAGCCCCACGCCGGUGCCCCGGGCCAGGGCAGCCCCCGCCGGUGCUGCGGCCACGCACGGAGCCAGCUCCCUCCACGAGCCACCCCUGGCCGGGCACACGUGCACGAGCGCACGCACACGCGUGUGCACACCUGCAGCGUGCAGCAGCACGAGCACACCCGUGUGCACACCUGCUCCCUGACCUCCCUCAGCACCUCCUUCCUGACCAAACACCCGCUGAGGUUUCUCACGGUGGCACCACGGGCACACAGCCCUGGCGCUGGCAUCGCCUCCCUGCCCGCUGCAGCCAGCGCUUGGGCUGGGACCAUCUGGCAGAGCAUGGCCCCAGCCCUCCCGCUGCUGCUGCUGCUCUGGCUGUUUGUCCCCACGGUGCUCCCAGAAGUGUUUGGCCCUGGAGAUGGCACAGAGGACCCCAAGGCUCUGCAGGUGUCCAUCCCGCGGCACCCAGCCCUCGAGGCCGUGCUGGCAGGCGACAUCACCAUCCCCUGCCUCAUCACCUACCUUGGCCCCCAGCCCACCGCUGGCACGGGCGGCCGCCGCGCCGUCCUGGGGACACCCCGGGUCAAGUGGACCUUCAUCUCUGAGGGCAGGGAGGUGGAGAUCCUGGUAGCUCGGGGGGACAGGGUGAAGGUGAGCGAGGACUAUCGGCUGCGCGCCUCCCUGCCCAUCUUCCACCAGCGCUACACCAACGCCUCCCUGCUGCUCACCGAGCUGCGCCCCAACGACUCGGGCAUCUACCGCUGCGACGUGCAGCACGGCAUUGAGGACGGCCACGACAUCCUCCACGUCAAAGUCAAAGGGGUGGUGUUCCACUACCGGGAGGGCUCCAUGCGCUACGCCUACACCUUUGCCGAGGCGCAGGAAGCCUGUGCCAGGAUCGGUGCCAGCAUCGCCACCCCCGAGCAGCUCUACGCCGCCUACCUGGGGGGCUACGAGCAGUGCGACGCCGGCUGGAUCGCCGACCAGACCGUCAGGUACCCCAUCCAGACCCCCCGUGAGGCCUGUUACGGAGACAUGAACGGCUUCCCCGGGGUGAGGAACUAUGGAGUGGUGGACCCGGAGGACAUGUAUGAUGUGUACUGCUACGCUGAGGACCUCCCAGGGGAGAUCUUUCUGGAGACGGCCCCGGACAGGUUCACGCUGGAGGAGGCGGCGCAGCGCUGCCGGGCGCUGGGCGCGGAGCUGGCGAGCCCGGGGCAGCUGUACGCCGCCUGGAACGCGGGGCUGGACGCCUGCAGCCCCGGCUGGCUGGCCGACGGCAGCGUCCGCUACCCCAUCGUCACGCCCCGGGAGCGCUGCGGCGGGGCUCUGCCCGGCGUCAAAACCAUCUUCCUCUUCCGAAACCAGACGGGAUUUCCCGAUGCCCAGAGCAGAUACGAUGCCUACUGCUUCCGAGAAGUGACAAACUCUUUCCCUGAGGCUGCAGGAAAAUACCAAGGCCAAGAGCCCGAGGAGAAUCUCCUCCAGGAGAUUGUCACAGUGGCAGAAAAGCUGGAGGAGCUGCAGCUGCCCCGAGCGCACGUGGAGCUCGAGUCGCGAGGGGCGAUUUACGCCGUCCCUUUCUUUGAGGACCCUGACCUGGGCAAGCCGAGCCAGUCCCCUGAAGACACCCUGGGGCCAGGGGCCCGGCACCCCCCCCUAGCUACCUCCGUGUCCUCAGAGGAGGAGCAGGGAGCAGCGCCGGGCGGGGGCCCUGGCAGCGCAUCGGAGGAGAGCCCGGGCGGAGGGCGACACCCCGGCCAGCCCACGGAGCCAGAGGGACCCACCGGUGCCCCAGCAGAGAGCCGAGAAGCCGCUGGAAGCCCCCGCCGCGGGCACAAGUCCGGCGGGGCGAGCACCCCCUUUUCUGCCGCGGAGGACGCCGAGCUCUCCGGAGACGUGGUGGAAAGCCCUGGGGCAUCCCCGCUGCCUGCCGCGCCCUCGCAGCCGCAGGAGGAGGGAGAGGAGCAGUCGGGAGCCGUGUGGAUCCCCUCGCCCGCGGCCCCGGGGGAGCGGAGCACUGUCCCCGCAGUGACACCGUGGCACGCAGAGCUGCCCGGCAGCAGCAGCGCACCGGCCCCGGCAGGAGAGGAGGCUGCACCGCCACCGCCGGGCACAGACCGAGGGAUGCCUGCUGCGGCUUCCGAGGAAGAGGAGGAGGAGGAGGAAGAGCGACGCGCUCCCUCGGUUGCCACCGUGGAGGGUUUCCUUGCAGCCGUUCCGGGAGAAGCAGGUGGGACCCGCAGGGAUGGCCUCAGCUCUCCCCGUCCUGACACCUCUGGGGUGGUGCUGCCGGGGACCCCGCUGGGGGAGCCAGCCCCCAGCACGGCCGUGCCCCUGCCCGCCCUGCCCACCGAGCGGGCCAGCGUCGGGGCGGGCGCCUGCUCGCUGGACCAGUACAGGGAGUACCAGUGGAUCGGCCUGAACGACCGCACCAUCGAGGGGGAUUUCCAGUGGUCUGACGGGAGCCCCUUGCUCUACGAGAACUGGCACCCCGGGCAGCCCGACAGCUACUUCCUCUCGGGGGAGAACUGCGUGGUCAUCGUGUGGCACGAUGGGGGCCAGUGGAGCGACGUGCCCUGCAACUACCACCUCUCCUACACCUGCAAGAUGGGGCUGGUGCAGUGCGGGCCCCCCCCCGCCCUCAGCAACGCCCUCGCCUUUGGCAAAGCGAAGCAGCGCUACGAGAUCGGCUCCACCGCUCGCUACCGCUGCCGGCCCGGCCUCGCCCCGCGCCGCUCGCCCGUCAUCCGCUGCCGGGAGGAUGGCACAUGGGAGCCACCCCAGCUGGCCUGCCGUCCUGGUCUGGCUCAGCCCCCCGAGGAGUGAGGGGGUGCCUGGGCUGGCAGGCAGCACCACCCCAAGCCCCGCGCCGGUGUGGAUGGGGACGGCACUGGGACCUCGGUGUGCGGAGUGAAACCUCGCUGUUGGGUGUCUGCCCCCUUGUGUGUUUGAUAUCUGUACAAAGAAAUCCUAAAAAAUUAAAGAGCCCCUUGAAAGGAGCCCCAAAAUGCAGCACAACGGGAGUUUUGUCCCCAGAGUCACAGCAGAGCUGAAAUCCAGGGGGACACC